UGGCUGCAGGGGAAAUUACAGUACCCUCACUGCAAAGCAUUUAAGUCCUGUUUUCCAUUACAAACAUAAAUGUUCUAAACAAGAAACUGUGCACAUAUCAUUUGUAUCUUGCUAUAAAUGAAUAUUUCACGAAGUUAAAAUUCCACUGAUUUCCUGUAAAUCACAACACAAGCAUAACACACAGAUUAGAAAUGUUGCUUUCCAACUGAAAUAAAAUGUUUAAACUAAGUUUAAUAGCUACUAAAACUAAACAAUUACAAUGAAAACGAAACAUCUAAAAAAAUAAUGUUACGGUUUUUUCUUAAAACAACGUAAAUGUAGAUCUCUAGUUAUCUAAAUUAAAAGUUAAGAAGCUUGUAUACAUACCAUGAUUAAAAUAAUCCUAAAAAAAUGUUAUGUUAAAUUAUAUUGUGGACCUUUUUUCAUAUAACAAGUACACGUUUUAAGACUUUUUAGAUAUUUUUCCUUGCAUAAAAGCAUUUCAGCGCUUUCUGACCCCACACAUUUAUAGCAGAGAGUGAGAUCUUGACUCUCCUGUGACACACUAGCACUUCCAAGUUAAACACACGCAUUCAUGCAUGUUUGGCUACAGCGGGAGCAAGACUUGUUUACACAAACUGUCCUUUUACAGAACACAGGGCUCUUUCAUAUCCAGAUCAGAACAAGAAAAUCACAGUCUUGUCCAAGAGCACACGUGACGUAACGGUGACACUCCACCCAGGCAAUGCUUGAGGAGGAGAAGGAGACACCUCAUUAUGAUACCAGACUUCAGAAUGACUGUGUGUCUACGAACUGCUCUUCUGGGUCAGGACAUUUUCAGCCACACUAGCCUAUCAACACAUUCUGUAACUUUCCGUUAUUCAUAGCUGACCUCGAGUAAGGCAUGUAGCUAAUCAUUGACUUAUGUACUCUGGAUUAUAUGACCUCCGAAGGAAAACUUUCUCACACAUUUGUAUGAGAGCAUUGGUGUGAGGAACUUGUGAUUAUAGGUCACGCUUACGCAAGUGUGAUUUGACAAAUUUAGGGAAGUGAAGGGAGGAAGGAAGGUGAAACUAACAGCUGAAUUUGAAGCCUAACUGCGCUCAUAAUUACAUGGAUUGCUUCAUGAGAGGUGCACACGCGUAAGAGUAAUGCUGCAAUAAAUAGACUAGUGAGGCAAAUUUCCUCUUUGAUCUAAUACUGAUAGACAUUUCACAAAGUGUAUUCAUCCCUACAUAUUACAGGGCCUAAAAUUUGUCCUUUUUUGCCCUUUGCAUCAUUUCCACCUCGCAAAUCUCAAAAUCAGCUUGACUACUUAAGAACAACAACGCCCCCUUCUGGAAAAUAGAAAAGAAAUGUAUUGUCCACACUUGUGGAAAUUCAUCUUCGGCCCCACAAAUACAUAUACCACAAAUUCUCUCAGCUGUGUAAAGGAAGCUUUGUGUUUGGACAGAGCGGCUGACAAUCUGGAAAUCUCAGUUAAGAGCGAAUUACAGAGAAAAGACAAUGGACAUAGAUGGCAUUGUGCUAAGCCUGUCCAGUAAAUGGUAGGGUGUCAGAUUUAGUCUAGUAAUUAGGUUGUUGUGUGCAUGUGUUUGUUAUUAUUUGUGGAACAGAUGGCUUGGCAGGUUGAGGUGUCAGGUGUAGGUUAGCUGUGAGUGCGGACACAGGUUUCAACAGUAAACUGAUUAACCCUUAACACAUACACACAGAGUUCAACAGCACAAGCAAACACAUGUAUUCACUAGGCAAACCGUUUCAGAUGGAAGUCAUGGAGAGUUAAGUUUUAAAAAAAGAAAGUACCACUUAUCAAGCAACAUUUAUAAUGCAUAAAGUAACAAUAUUGGCAUGCCAAGCCUCAACAAUGAGAAAAGGUGCAAUUAUGAAAAAGUAAGUUGCAUUUGUCAUAAUCGUGAGAAAUAAAAAUUGCAAAUCGCAAGAUGCUGCACCUUUCUGUGACAAAAAAAUAACUAAAUGAAGAAAUCUUUAGCUAAACCCUUUCACAUUUCUGGACCUGCAUUGUAAUUGAAGUUGUUGUUAAGCUCUAAAUCUAAUUUGAGGUUUGGAAUAGGACGGUUCACUUCAAAUCACAUUUGAAGGUGUAAAUCGGGGGUUUAAAGAAUAUAUGGGACAUAUGGUGAACAGGCGUGGGCCUCUAAAUCGUGACCCUUAGGGGCUUAUCCACAGGGAUGAACUGUGAUUGGCACAUCUAAAUGUGUGGUAAGAAAUCCUGACCUACUGCAGUGUGGCGGUCCCUCACCUACGAGAGGAGCUAACGAAAUCAAGACGCGAAAGGGAGCAGAGAAAUACUUAUCUGAAGCUAUAUGAAAGCAGAUUCACCGAAGAAUAAAGCACCUGGACCAUGACCGCGAGGCUGCAGCCGAGUGAACUUCAGGCUAUGUUUGGAGAGGAGAAGGAUUAUUCGUGCUCCCUCAAUGAUAUUGUUCAUCACACAGAGGUGUGUGAGCUGCAGUCUGAAGGGGACACCUCGGCGUGCGACUUGAGUUCUCUUUCUGAUGUUGACUACGGGCAGCCAUGUGCAGCCCCUCAUCUGCAGGGACCUGUGUUCUCCAAACAGGAAUACUACACCAAACUAGACGAGCUAAAGAGAGAACACCUGAGAAACAUCGCUGAGCUGGAAAAAGUCUACCUGAGCCAAAACAAACCUGGUCAGAGAGAAAAACAGCUUAUUGCUUGCUGGAGACAAAAUGGAGAAGAUACAGAGAGUGAACAGGUGGAGCUCAUCCAGAUUGGGAGAAAGGCUUCAGUGGGCCAUCUGAAGAAUGGUGUUUCUCCUCUGAAGUUAAAGGCUCGGCAGAACUCCUUGGAGGAGCAAAGGAAGUUGUCUCACUCUCAGCAGAACUCAUCUCUCAGUGCAGCCAAUCAGGGCAUGGACAGCCUGAGACAGAAUUCCAAAAUAACCAUUCCCAAACCGUUUCGCAUGAUGCUUCGCGAAGAGGAUCGCAAACGGCGCAAUGUGAAAACCCGCUCUGAGAUGGAGCUGGAAAAUGAGAGACUGAAGAAAGAACUGGACGAGCUUAAAGAAUGUAGCAAAAAGUUUCGCGCUAAACCAGCCCCCCCCUCCACUUAUUUGCUCUUCUAUGACAUCAUCAAUAAGAGCCCAAAUAAGCUCCAGCGGCAAAAGUCUAAUCAAAUCAACCAAAUGGAUCACCAUGGAAACCAACACAAACAAGGCACCCAAGGCCAAUCCCCACCUCUUCCGCAACAGCAAUUUAGCUUCAUUGAAAGAGAGCGAAAGAAAAGAGAGAAAAAACUAGCGGAUGAGCUAAAUAACCUGACUCCCAAAACAGAACGAAGGGCAUUCAAAGCCAGACCCGUACCGAGAUCUUUAUAUAGGCCCACCUCACCAACCUGCCAGAUAUACGAGGCAGUUCAUCUGAAUCACAGAAGCUCAGCGUUGCCUCCUAGCAUUCUGGGUGACACACUGGAGGAGGGAGAAGAGACCGAGAAUGAGUAUGAUGAUGAAUUUUCAAGGCCACAGAGCACAGAUAUAUCACGCUGCAGCAGCAACCUCAGGAAAUGGAAGAACAAGGCUGCAUUGCAGGUGGAGGAAGAGAUAGAGAGAAAGAGGAACAGGGAAAGAGACAAAGACUGGUCCUACUUUCAUCCCCUACGCAGAACCAGCCUAUGCCACACGCAAGAACCCCUGAACACCUGCAAGAGUGACUACAUCAGUGUUUAAAUCUGAAGCAGCCUACAUUACAAAAUAUAUCAUCAGUACUAUAACUCUAUAGAAACAGAUAUUGUUUUGUUUUUUCCUUGUAUUACUUUGGAGAAAUAAAAUCAUGUAAACAAUAAAUAAAGUUAAAAACCGAUUUAUUAAUUU